AUGCAUCCAGGCGCUCUUGUCGGCAAGAUGGAGGCUCUUCAGCAAAUGUCCCAGCUGCAACCUCAGCAACAACAGCAACCACAACAAACACAGCCAGCUGGUGCCCAUAGUUCCAUGAGCACUUUUGCAACUCCAAUGUUUGGAAGUAGUAGUAUUAGUAGGGACAACAGCACCAGCAAUAGAAUGGCACCACGCCGCAUGGCGCGAACUCCCUUUCGUCGGACGCGCAACAAGCUGAAGCUCAAACAAAAGUCAAGAAUCUCAUCCUUCAUUCCAGAAUCCUCGCUGCACGAGUAUGCCCGAUGGGUCGAAGACAGGGGUUCGGAGCGGACCGAACAAGAACAGAAAUUUCUAUGGAAGUAUCAAAAGCGGCGAUUGAUUCAACAAGACAAGCUGUCUACGGAAACUCUCAAAGAUUAUGUCAGUCGGCUCUUGCAAAAAGAAGAACGCACCGACGCAGAAAAUCGUUUGGUUCGGCAAUACCAUCGUCGAGCUAGACGCAAGCUCAAGGAUGGAAAUGAAGAAACACAACUUGUGGUUUGGAAGCGCGUACGACCCAACAGGGCUGUUGGUGUUGCUCAAUCAGCUAGUACCACUAACAACGCAUUGACGGUUCAAAUGGCUUCCUUGAAGGAAAGCAUGGACAAGAUGGGUCUGUCGGCCCAAAAGUUGCGAGAUGCCAAGAUGGAUUGA